AGGAAUCGCUUUUUGGCUCCUCCUCUUCUUAUUUUGCUGUUUGGGUUGCAAAAUAAUCAGAGGGAAACGAAAGAGAGGAGAUUUUGGUGUAAAAAGACCAAAUUGACCUCGACUCCUCUCUCUCUCUAUCCUUUUGCAGCUUCUACGACUCUCUCUCGACCAGCCAGUUUCUUCCUUUUGGCGGUUAUUGUACGGUCACCAUGAACCAGAAGGCCAACGUCUCUAAAGAGCUCAAUGCUAGACACAGAAAGUUCUUGGAAGGCCUCCUCAAAUUGCCUGAGAAUAGGGAAUGUGCUGACUGCAAAGCCAAAGGUCCAAGAUGGGCAAGUGUGAAUUUGGGUAUCUUUAUAUGCAUGCAGUGUUCAGGGAUCCACAGAAGUCUUGGGGUACACAUAUCAAAGGUUCGAUCCGCAACCCUUGACACAUGGCUUCCAGAACAGGUUGCAUUUAUUCAAUCAAUGGGGAAUGAGAGGGCAAAUAGUUAUUGGGAAGCAGAGUUACCCCCAAACUACGACAGAGUUGGAAUUGAGAAUUUCAUUCGUGCGAAGUAUGAAGAGAAGAGAUGGGUCUCUAAAGAUGGAAGAGCACAAUCUCCUCCUAGUGGGCUGGAUGAAAGAUCUCUGCAUCAGAGACCCGGUGAAAGAAGUGGGCAUGGACGCACCAGCAGUUCUGAAAAUUUGUUCGAGGAAAAAAAGAAUUCACAAGUAUCAAGCUCAAGGAACAGUGCUACUGCUACAAGAAUAAGUGUUCCUGUUCCUCCUAGAGGACCGGAGCAGGUUACUCCUGCAAAGCCUCAACAGGUUGUUGAAAAAGCUGAACCAAUGGUGGAGGCUACUGAAGCUGCAAAGAAAGUUGCAGAUGCUGCUCCAGCUGUCUCUGCACCCAAAGUUGAUUUUGCUACUGACCUUUUCAACUUGCUCUCCAUGGAUGGCCCUAGUGAAAAUGGCUCAGAAGUAGCGUCCAAUGAUGAUAAUGGUUGGGCAGGUUUUCAAUCUGCAGCAGUUGCUGAAGAAUUAUCAACGACUGGAAAAGCUGUUCCAAGAAAAGCUGUAGAAAAUAAUACUCAGUCCAAUUCAGGAAUUGAGGAUUUAUUUAAAGAUUCACCUUCUUUAGCUAUCCCUUCAGUCUCGGAGAAACCCCAGAAAGAUGUGAAAAAUGAUAUAAUGAGCCUUUUUGAGAAGUCCAAUAUGGUAUCACCAUUUGCGAUGCAUCAACAACAACUUGCUAUGCUAGCGCAACAACAGCAACUUCUUAUGGCUGCUGCAGCAAAAUCUGCUGGUGGGGACCCAAAAGUGAUGAAUCAACAGCAACUUGCUAUGCUGACACAGCAACAGCAACUUAUGGCUGCAGCAGCGAAGUCAGUUGGUGGGGACCUGAAACUCUCAGGCAGUAUUCAACAACAAGGGCCAAAUGGUAUUAACAUACCUGCACAAAAUUGGCCAAACAUGGGAUACCAAAUUCCUGGUUUGAUGAUGCCAGUAGCUGGGCAGGGUGACUUACAGAAACUUAUGCAGAUUGGUAACAUAGGACUGACACAUCCAGGGGGAAGCGCUAUACAAUAUCCACCAUCUAGCUUUUUUGACAUGGGGCAAGUUAACCCUGCCAACGGUGGGACAAGCACUGGAGCCAGUAAAACUCAAUCAGCAGCUCCGGUUUCAUCUGGUGGUACUAAAAUGCAAACCGGAAAGGAUUAUGAUUUCUCCUCUUUAACUCAAGGCAUGUUCUCAAAGCAAUGAGUGCCUUGAGGGAGGGAGUUAAUGUGGGCUUCAUCAUACAAUACUGAAGUAGUUGCGUUACAGGAAAAUAGCACAUUAAAAGCUUUUGUUUCCUCCCCCUGGAUUUGCGAUUGUAAACUAUUGUGUAGAGGCGGCAGUUCCAGUUUUUCCUUCAUAUUUCGUUGAUGGUUCAUUUGUACGAGUAGAUGUAUUCAGAGUAAUAAAUAUGGGCUAGAUUGUUUGCCA